CGAAUUUUCUAUCGAGGGACAGGAGGGCAUAAAAGCCAGAGAAAAUCCGAAUAGAGUCAGUCGUUGGUCGUUUUCCAAUAGGUGCUUUCGCAAUGAACGUAACUUUGAUGAAUCAUGUACGUUGAUAAGGUCUUUUUAAUAAUUGUCCUUUGCACGACAAGCGCAUGGUGCUCGAGUGAUCGAAUAUUGACACGGAAGGCUAGGACAUUGGAUUCAUCAUCAUUUUUCGCGUGGCCACAAACAUUGUUCAGCAAUCGGCCCGAUGUUUCAAUAGUUCCAAAACUUUGGCCCAGUCGAUCGCAACUCCAGGAAUGGACCAGGAAGGGUAUCGUGAGUCUCCUACGCCUCGCAUCCCUCGUAAAUCCCGGGAAUAAACCUAUGCACAUCGAGUUCAGACCAGAGGAUGGACCACGCGCUGCAAAAGCAUUUCAACAACACUUCGGAUAUCGCGGAGAGUGGCUCAUUGAACAGUUAGGGAACGGUCUUGAUCCUCAUAUUCGACUAAAUAGACAACAAGUGCCUCGUAUGUUCUCGAUGUCACCUCAAAUUCCUUUUAGACGUGAUAAUAAUGUGAUUCGCAAUAGCGCGAAUGCAUUCGAAUACAAUCGGUACAACUAUGGUAGCUUAAGUUAACGGUAGGAUAGAGAAUCAGAACUCUAAAAUAAGAGAUAAUUAUCAAGUGCAAUCAGUCAGAGUUAUUACUUAUUUUGCAUUAUAACAUGAGUUUUUAUAAUUGUAUGAAUAUGUUAUUUUAUAAGACGCAAUGUAUUUAAAAUUAUAAAAAUAAACGUAGUAGCCGUGCGGA